AUGGAAAUAACUAAAAAAUUGCAAAAUGAUUGUACGGAAGAAAUCGAUAAGAAAUCAAUAAAAAUUGAUAAGAAAUCAACAAAAAAAAUUAUUGCAAAUCAACGAAAUAGUUGGAUGGAAGGCCUUGAAAAUAUCAAUGAUAAUUGUCAUUUGGACCAGGAAAUGAAUCCAAUAGCAACGCUUGAUGAAUCAUUUGAUGAUAAUUCAAACAUAAGUCAAAUUAACAGCCCAGCAAUUUCUUCUCAAGAAUCUUUUGCAUUUGGAAAAAUUACUGGUUCAUCUGUACCAGAUAAACAAAUAAUACGUGAACGAAUACGGCAAAAAAUAGCGCAAGAAAUGAGUGAGAAACGUGACACAGCAAAAUUGAAUAAACGGUUGCAACGUCAACAACGUAAUAAGUUAACGUUGCAAGAUUCGUUGGGAAGUCUUAAUGAAAUGAAUCAAGAAGAACUCGAUAAACAAAUUGAACAUUCCAUGAAGCUUGGAGAAAAAUGUAAAGCUGAUUGUGUACACUAUUUACCAUCGGAUGAUGUUCAGUAUGAAUUUGUAACCGGUCAAUUCCAGAAUGAUAAUGAAGUGAAGAUUAAACGGAAACAAUUUCCUAAAGUUGUCUUUGUGGCAGCACAGCCACAAUUGCCAGAAGAAAUUAAACAAUUUGCAACAUUGUGUUGUACCUAUAAUAAGCAAUUUGAUGUGACAAUGUCACCAACUAAUGAAAAUGAAAUGCAAAAUAUAACAACAUUUAAACCACAAAAUUAUGCAUUAUUAAAACAACGAUUGGGCGAACAUUUUAUUAACGAUGCUGGAAUAGUAUUAGGAAGCAAUUUGAAUUUUGAUAAAAUUCCUAAACGACCGGAACGCUAUGAUAAUGAUAAUUAUCACAAUCCAUAUCGAUAUUUUAAAGCUGAACAAUGGCAUAAAGCGCUUAAUCGUUUUAAGCAACAAAAUUUUGUACAAUUGGAUAUUGAUUUAAAUCGAAUUGUUUUCAAUUAUCAUUGGUUAUUUGGACAAGAAAAUUUGUUAUGCAGUACCAUUCAAAAUUUGCAUAAAAUGCAGUCAAUUAGAAUGGAAGAAGCAUUGAAAUUAUUGAAGGAAAUUGAAAUGAAUGAAAAAAAAUUACGCAAAGGAGAAAUUUUACAAAAAAAAGAAAAAGAAAAUUCAGAAUGCCAAAUACAGCAAUUAUUGAUUGAUUUGGAGGAAAAACAACAAAGUUAUUUGGAUUUAAGUGAUAAAAUUGAAGAAAAUUGGAAAAAACUGCAGAAAUUACGACAAAUACAAGGAUAUUCCACCACAAAAUUAAUCGUUCAAAAAGUUUCCUUUCCGCAGCAAAGUGCUGAAAGAGAAAGAGAGGAAACUGAUAAUCAAUCAGUAACAAAUAUUAUGGAAAAGUUAAAAUUAUUUGAUGAAUUGCGGCAUGUUCCAGUUUACGUAUUAAGUGAUAACGAUAACAAUGAACGGAAUAAUCCAAUACCCAAAGAUGAAAUUGAUCGAAUUAAUCAUUUGCAAAAAUGCCGCUUGCAAUUACAAAUUGAAUUUAACGAUAUUAUUGUGUGCAGAACAUUGUAUCGAUCACUUGAUAGUAACUUUCAGGCUUAUUUUGGGCAAAUUUAUAAUUUACAGGUACAAGAAAUACCUAAAUCUGUAACAAUAACAAUUUUUGAGAAAGCACCAAAACUGGAAGCUCGUAAAAUUGCAAUUGUUGGUUUACCGUUGCCAGACGACGAUAAUAUUACAGAUGAGCGAAAUAUUCUGGUACCAAUUGAAUUUGCUAGUGAUUUAAUCAUAAAUGGAAUGUAUAAUAGUCUUGGCUCUGGUAAUCAUAGGCCAUGUAUAGCUGGUGAGUUAUACUGUAAUGCAACAUGGGCCAAGCAAAAUGCAUUAAUAACAAAUAAAUUUCAACGACAGUCAAUAAUUACAUAUCAACAACAGUACUUGUCCACUGAUAAUGAUACGAGUGAUAAUUUUGAUUUGAUACCUAAGGAAGUUCGAUUAUGCUCUGACGAAGAAUUUGAUAAUGAUAUCAGAUUCAAAGCAUUACAAAUGCGCAAUGAGCAAAGAAGAGGCGCUAAAAAACCAAUUCCAUUGUUGAAUUCAGAAAUUGAAUAUGAUAUGAUUUCAUCAAGUCAUGUAAUGAAUCAACAAAAUAAUUACAAAACAAAAAUUGAUCGAUAUCGAAAUAUUGGAAAUCAAUAUGCCAUUAUGAUAAGGAAUCGAUUUUACGAACAAGCAAUGCGUGAGCAAAGUUUAAAAUUGGCACAAAAUUUGAUUCACGAAGUACCACUUCCAAAAAUUUUCGGAGCAUUUAGUAAAUUCUCAUUUGGUUCCAACGAAAUAUCACGGAAGCUAAAACCGGCAAGGCGAGAAACAAGUAAACGAAAGGUAAUAAGUGGUAUGGAAUAUCGUCUUGUUAUUAAUAUUCAUUCAGCAGUAAAUCUUCCAGAACCUGAACAUGAAACAUUAUUAUCAUUUGUUGAAGUAUCAUUCCAGGAUUCAUUAGUGCAAACAGCAUUAUCAAAUGGACGUAAUCCAUAUUGGCAGCAAACAUUUGAAAUGAAAUUAGAUCGUCUUCGUGCAGCUAAUAAUGAUUUUAGCGCAAUUACAGAUUCAAUAAAAAUCACAGUUUAUGAUAGAGUGGUCACUAAACUUGAUUCUGAUGAUCGCGAGCCUAAUUCAGUGCACGAACAAUUAGAGCGUCGUUGGCUAGGCUCUAUUUUUAUACCUUUAGCAACUGUUUACUUUUGUGGUAAAAUUGAUGGUUAUUUACGUCUUCAAACACCAUUAUUUCUCACUUCUUACAGGAUUGAUAAUCAACCGGCAUAUCUCAAAUUACUGAUAGCAUUUAAACCAGAUAUAUCUCCGCCACAAAUUGUUAACAUCAAAUAUUCAAGUACUGAUGAGCCUAGCAAAAUACAAAAGAAAUCAUUAGAAUGGGAAAAAAAUGCUAGAAAUCAUUUUAUGGAUCGUCGCUAUAUUAGCAUUGUGCAAUGUGCUACUGGUAAACGAAUAUUAGCAUGCAGAUUCAUUCGACCAAUUAAGCCACCAAUUAGCUUAUCAUCUUUAUCAUCAUCGCAAUCUUUAGCUCAUUUUGCAUGUCAAAUGGUUUCUAAUAUACCAUUCAUUUCCAAUUCGAUUAUUUCUUCAGAAUUUUGUGAUAUUUGGAUUACCGCUGAUCGGUUUCUAUCAAUUGGUUGUGGUAUUAUCGAUGAACAUGCAAUAUUAUUAUGUUGUUGGUUGCUACAUGCUGGCAUAAAAUCAUAUGUUCUAUUUGGGAAAUCAUUACCAGAAGGCUCUCGAUCAGCUUAUGUAAUGGCAAUGGUUUCGGAUGGUACACUAAUUUUAAAUCCAUUCGAUGGUAACUGCUAUAAAUUAAAUGACCCAUUCUCUCCUAUUAGAUCAAUUGGUACUCUUGCAUGUAUGGGAAAUUUAUAUGCAAAUAUUCAAAAAAAUGAACAUCCAAGUCAAAUGCAAUUUGAUUUAAGCAAACGCAAUCAUUGGUUACCAUUAUUUAGUAGCGAUCAAACUGAAAUGGAAUCGGUACAACCGGAACAGAUUGCAUAUUUUGAUACGGAAAAUGAUGCAUUGUUGCAACUUCGAACUAAUCUAGAACGUGAAAUUCGUUUAAAAUUUGAUCAAAGUCGUCUAUAUGGAAUUCCACAUUGGAACUUACUAGCCUCAAGGAUACUACGUAAAAUUUUAUCAGAGUUAGAAAAUACGAAUGAUAUUAAUGAGCAAAUAAAAGAUGAUUUAUUGCAAUUACGUAAUUCAUAUCACGUAAAUGCUGUUGCUUUCCGUCAUCGGUACAGUACCAUCGAUGAAAUUAUUGAUAAAGUACUUACACUUAAAAUUCAUGAAAACACUGAUCAAAAUGUUCAAUUUGCAUUUGCCGUUCAUUUACAAUCAUUUGUUAAUAAUAUUUUAUCAUGUUCUAUUGCUAUUGCUGCACUAAAACCAUUAAUAAAAUGA